AUAUAAUCUCAACCUUUUCAUAAACUCUGGAGACGUGGUCUUGUGAUUAGUAAGAAGCUUUCGGCCGUACGCCAGGGGAAGGUUCCUCUUUUUUGAAUCCUGGAAGUGGGGGAGGGUUUAAGCUGAAAUUCCCUUCUGCUUCUUUCAUAAUAAAGCUGUUCAGGAGAAAGUUGUGUUUUUGUGUGUGUGCUGGAACGUGUAGCUCUUUUUUUGUUUACUAAAGAGCGAAAAGUUGAAAGCAUUGCAGGAUGUGGGUACAAGAUGAGGAUGAGGACACUGCGGCUGCAGACUCGGAUGAAGAGUGUGCUUUCUCCUCCGAAGAUGAGGAAGACCUUCAGUGGCACAUCCUGGAGAAGCAGAGGGACGAAGCCAAUCAGAGGCUGUCGGAGUUGGAGGAAGCUUCCAAUCAGCUCCUGAAAGAGAUCAACGUGCUGGAGAUCCAGUUCCAGAUAGAGCGCUCCUGCAGGGAGAGCGCUGAGGCACUGGCUCUCAAAGUGACCAAAGACAACAAAGUCCUGAAGAGAAAGAGCCAGAUGUUGAUGCCACUCAUCGCUGAACUACCUGAAAACCUGCCUGAUGUGACCUUUGACCCUGCGGUUAAUGGUGACGAGGUGGAUGGUGACGAGGUGGAUGGUGACAAGGUGGAUGGUGCCGGAGGGAGCAGCAGCGAGGAGAUGCUGCUGCUUGAGAGUCAAGCCAAGAUCACAGAGCUGCAGGCGUCUGUUGACGGUCUGCUGGCUGAGAAGCUUAAACUGGAGCAACAAGUGGAGGAUCUGACCAGUGAGCAGACGCAGCUCAGAGAGCAGAUGAUCCUGGAGCAGAAGGCGGCCCAGGCCUCAGAGACAGACCUGAAAAUGCAGGUGCAGCUGGAGCAGGCACUGCAACAGAUAUCCCAACUUAGCACAGCCCUGUGUGACAUACAACUCUACUACCAGGACCGGUUAAAACAGAGCCAGAGUGCUGUGGAAGAGAGCAGUGCCCUCUCUGAGCUGCAGAACCUGAGAGAGCAGCUGGAGAAGAGCGAGGAGGAGAGGAAGACUUUAGAAACUCAGCUAUCUGACGCUAACAGCUUGGUCACCCAGCUCCAGGAAGAAGGUACUCCCUUGUACCUGAAGAUACGACCUUAUCACAACAAAAUAACUGUACAUGACAUGGAAUACAUUUUAGAAAAGUCUUCUGAUGUCUUAGAAAUAUUCAGCUUUAAGGAUUUCCUGAAGAGCAGGAAGAAACAUGGUGCCAAGGCUGCUGAUGAUUUAAACAAAGCAGCUCCCUUGUUGGACAUGAAGGCAAGAGCAGUGGAUGAAAUGAUGGAGAGAAUAAAGAAAGGCAUCGUCCUGAGACCUAUGAAGAGAAUACAGGAGGACGACAGUUCCUGGAAGGACCAGAAAAGUGACAACAGAAAGUCAGCCAUCCUGGAGUUGAAAGGAAUGCUGGACAACAUGAAGCGUCAGCACCUCCGCAGAGUGCCAUCCAGGAGGGGAACUGGCCGAAAUGUGGGCGAAGCAGAGCUCCUGAUGGUGCUCCAGAGGCGGAGGAGAGCAAUGGGAGACAAUCAGGAACCACCACCCUCAAAUCAACCACAGGAUGUCCAACCAGGUUUGCCGUGUGUUCCAGUGGCAGGCGACGCUCCCUGGGCAGGUGAGAGCGGCAGCGCCCCUGUGCUCCGGAGGCUGAAGCAGAACCGAGAGAAGAGAGACUCUCGCAUCAGAGCAUCAGCACUGUUCAUCAGUCACCAAGCCUGACAGCUGUGAGAGGAGGACAUGCUGGUUGCUAUUAUUAUUAUUAUUAUUAUUAUUAUUAUUAUUGUUAUUAUGAUACUGCAGGUUUAUAUGACAAUAGACCAAAGAUGAUUGAGCAAACUACGCAUGUUUGACUUUAAAAGAAUCCAUUUUAUCUUUACAUCUUUCGGUAUUUAAAUGCACUGCCUCCUUGAUGUCUUACAACAAACCAGCACUGCCUGACUUGCCUUGAAAAUUUAAAAUAAAAACUUUAGCUGUGCGCUCUCUA